UGUAGCUUUGGUCAUCGCCAUAAUAUCGGAUGGAAAACACGCGCCAACAGUCUCACAACCAUACCGACUAUCCUUUCUCAUGGCUUCCUCAACUCUCUACCCUUCAGCUCCUUCGCAGCUAUGCUCCAGCAAGAGUAGCAUGUUCUGCCCAUCACAGUCUUUUCUUGUGAAACCAAAAAGGACCCAGAUGAUUAUAAAGGAGACCCACAAGGGAAUGAGACUCACUUGUCAGGCCACUAGCAUCCGUGCAGAUAGAGUGCCAGACAUGGGCAAGAGGCAGCUCAUGAAUGUGCUUCUGUUGGGGGCUGUUUCACUCCCUACGGGUUUCAUGUUGGUUCCUUAUGCCGCCUUCUUUGUCCCAUCUGGGGGACGAGGUGCUGGUGGUGGCACCAUUGCCAAGGAUGCAAUUGGAAAUGAUGUAAUUGCUGCUGAAUGGCUUAAGACUCAUGGCCCUAGGGACCGAACCCUGACUCAAGGACUGAAGGUAGACCCAACCUACCUAGUGGUCGAGAAAGACAGAACUCUUGCAACAUAUGGUAUAAAUGCUGUCUGCACACACCUUGGAUGUGUUGUUCCAUGGAAUCAAGCAGAGAAAAAGUUCAUUUGCCCCAGCCAUGGAUCUCAGUACAACGACCAAGGAAGAGUUGUGAGAGGACCUGCCCCCCUGUCCUUGGCGUUGGUUCAUGCUGAUGUAGAUGACGGGAAGGUAGUCUUUGUUCCAUGGGUCGAAACAGAUUUCAGAACUGGUGAGGCUCCAUGGUGGGCAUAAACGUCUUCACAAUUCAUUGGCGGUUCGGAUAUUUAAGAUUUAUUUAUAUUCAGCCAGUAUGUUUAGCAACGUUUUUAAACAUCGUGUACCAUAGAGCUAUCCUCUGUAUAAUGCUGUUUGUAAGAUGCAAGAACAUAAUUAAUUACAAAAUUAAACAUGGCACUAAUUUUUUUGUGAUAUUCAAAAUUUUCUUAUGUAUCUAUUCAUGAAGGUGUGAAG